AUGGCAGCACUCAACUUGCUCGGCCUCGCCACAGCGUUGGGCGGUGUCGUCUACGCGUCUUACAGCGGUGCGGUCUCGCUCACCGACUCGACUGUGACGGACUGCUAUGCUUUUCGCGGCGGCGUCGUCUUCGCGUCUUUCAGCGGUGCGGUCUCGCUCACCGGCUCGACUGUGAGCGACUGCUCGGCUGGCUCACAAGGGAACGGCGGCGUCGUCUCCGCGGAGAACAGCGGUGCGGUCUCGCUCAUCGGCUCGACAGUGACGGGCUGCUCGGCUGGCUAUUACGGCGGCGUCGUUCAUUCGUCUGGCAUCGGUGCGGUCUCGCUCAUUGACUCGACCGUGAGGGACUGCUCUGCUGGCUCUACCGGCGGCGUCGUCUCCGCGUCUGGCAGCGGUGCGGUCUCGCUCGUCGGCUCCUCCGUGACGCGCUGCUCUGCUGGCUCUGUGCGCCGCGUAGAGCUAGCCGCCUCCAACAGCGCCGCACGGCAGCGGGUCGAGAGAUAA